AUGGCACGGGAGAUCAUAAGCGCGCGAGGUCGAGCCUCAAAGCGUGCUACGCCGAACCCUGCCUCGACGCCUCAGAGCAUAAGCAGCGAUGAGUAUUCCGCCGGGCCUGAUGAAAGUGACGGCGAAGGGGAUAAGCUGAAAGAUGUCGUGGAGAAAUUUACACUCCAAUCCUACAGCCAGAAAUCACAGGCCCCAAAGCAGGAUCCUCAUUUUGGCUAUAAAGACUUUUCUUCUCUUCCUUUGAAACCCGAUCAUGCCAACCGCCCGCUCUGGAUCGAACCCAUAAAGGGAACCAUUACAUUAGAGAGCUUCUCUCCAUUAGCAUCACAGGCACAGGAUUUCCUGACCACUAUUGCUGAGCCUCUGUCGCGGCCUACACAUCUUCACGAAUAUCGGUUGACGGGCAACAGUCUUUACGCCGCUGUGUCUGUGGGUCUUCUCCCUAAUGAUAUCAUCAAUUUUCUUGACCGACUGUCGAAAACACCUCUUCCGGAAGCUAUCAAGUCGUUUAUCGUCAACUUUACAAAGUCAUAUGGGAAAAUCAAGCUCGUACUGAAACAUAAUCGAUUUUUCGUGGAAAGCUCUGAUCCCGCGACCCUACAGACACUUUUGCAGGAUGAAGUCAUCGGGCCACAGAGAAUCGAAAAUUCAGAAGGGAUCAUACAACAGGCCGCUCCAAAAAUGGCAGGGCUAGUAAUUCCAGGAACUAAGGAUGCAGCCCUCCUGAAGCAGAAUCCUGAUCAACGGGCAGCCAACUUGCCAGAGCGCCAGACCCAGCCGAACGAAGACGAGAUCUUAGUUAACUUACGAGAAGAAGAUGACGACGAGGAACAAGCCCAAGUCCACAGCUUUGAAAUUCCAAAUACAGCAGUGGAGUCGGUAAAGGCCAGAUGCCAGAGUAUGGGCUGCCCAGCUCUGGAAGAAUACGAUUUCCGCAACGACGAAAUCAACCCGACAUUGGAUAUUGAUCUUAAACCAAUCGCGCAAAUUCGAAGCUACCAAGAAAAGAGUCUGAGCAAGAUGUUCGGUAACGGACGAGCAAAGAGUGGUAUCAUUGUGCUUCCGUGUGGUGCUGGAAAAACGCUAGUCGGAAUUACGGCAGCUUGCACUAUCAAAAAGGGAACAAUCGUUCUCUGCACAAGUUCCAUGUCCGUUGUCCAAUGGAGAAAUGAAUUCAUCCGGUGGUCAAAUAUUGAUCCGAGUGACAUUGCCAUUUUUACCUCUGACAAUAAGGAGAAAUUCCGACGAAAUACUGGUGUUAUCGUAUCUACAUACUCCAUGGUUUCGCAGACCCGUGCCAGAUCCCACGAUGCUGAAAAGAUGAUGGAAUGGAUGCAGUCACGCGAAUGGGGUCUGAUGCUUUUGGACGAAGUCCACGUCGUUCCCGCCUCCAUGUUCCGAAAAGUCACAUCUGCUAUUGCUACGCAAACGAAACUUGGACUGACUGCUACACUUUUACGAGAGGAUGACAAGAUCAAAGAUUUAAACUUUUUGAUCGGACCGAAGCUCUAUGAAGCAAACUGGAUGGAACUUGCAGAGCAAGGUCAUAUUGCUAAAGUUCAAUGUGCAGAAGUGUGGUGCCCCAUGACCACAGAAUUCUAUACCGAGUAUAUGCGUGAAAAGUCAAGGAAGGCGGCCCUCCUAUACAUCAUGAACCCCAGAAAAUUCCAAGCUUGUCAAUUCUUAAUUGACUACCACGAAAAGCGAGGGGAUAAGAUUAUUGUCUUUUCGGACAAUGUCUUUGCGCUGGAACGAUAUGCUUUAAAAUUAAACAAAGCCUAUAUUUACGGCGGAACCCCGCAGAAUGAACGUCUAAGGAUUCUUGAAAAUUUCCAGCAUAAUGAACAGGUGAAUACAAUAUUCUUGUCCAAGAUCGGUGACACGUCACUCGACCUGCCGGAAGCCACCUGUUUAAUCCAAAUAUCAUCUCAUUACGGUUCUCGUCGACAAGAAGCUCAACGAUUAGGUCGUAUUCUCCGAGCCAAGCGUCGUAAUGACGAGGGAUUCAAUGCCUUUUUCUACUCUCUUGUGUCGAAAGAUACGGAUGAAAUGUUUUACUCGUCCAAGCGGCAGGCUUUCUUGGUUGACCAGGGCUACGCGUUCAAGGUGAUCACCCAUCUCCAGGGAAUUGAGAACCUUGAAGGCCUCGCGUACGCUACAGCUGAGGAACGUCUAGCCCUUUUAGCAGACGUAACACUCCAGAAUGAAACAUCUGCUGCGGUCGAAGAAAAUGCCGACGAUCUAUUUAAUGAUCGGAUGGGCGGCGGAAAGCCCCGCGGUGGUAAGAAGGGUGUACGGAGAAAUGCCGCAACGCUGAGCGGGCUUGCUGGGGGUGAAGAUAUGGCGUAUAUCGAACAUAAUAAGAGUCGAAAUAAGCAGUUGAAAGAACGCAGCUCGUUCUUCAGGAAGAUUGAUCGCGAUCGUGCGAAGAGGAAGAAGAUGCUAGAGUCAUAG